AUGCAAGAGAAAUACCAUCUUUUCUGCACGAACAACCCGGGUUUCCAUGAGGACGUCCUCUCUGGUCGAAGUGCCGUGUGCAUACUUGGACACUCUUUAGGCUCAGUGGUAGCGUUCGACUUGCUCUCACGUCAACUACUGGUCGAACCACCAGAGGAUGCUUCCAUCGAUACGUCAAUUGCCACUGCCAAGGAGCCUUCGACCCCUGCGCCAGGGAGCUCAAGCCCUGCUGUGAGGCGACUGCAUUCUGACGUGGGGUCAGCUUUCAGUAGUGUUGGUAGCACUAUCUCGAGUUGGUUCGGACAGCCAACACAAGAACAGGUGGCCGAACAACACCGAAAAAGCAAGAUAGAGUCGGCCCUGAAAGACUCCAUCCCUUCGGUCAAACUCAACCAAGGCCGCCGCAUCGACUGGGUUAUCCAGGAGUCGGUGACCGAGGCUGCCUCUGAGCUCUGGUCGGCAUUCGGGAGCCAUUUUUCGUAUUGGAGACAUGAAGACGUGGUUUCCUUCGUCGUAGCCCAGUUGGUGUGGUGCGAUAAGGAUGAUAAGCAAUGGCGUGAUAAAAAGGAUAAUUUCUUCUGA